AUGGAUAAAGAGGAGCAACGUGGCUUUGAUAGAAGACGUGGGAGGCCAGUGGGAAGAGGAAGAGUUCCACUUUCAGCCGAAGAGAGGCGCGCGCGCAACGCACAAUAUGAAAGAGAACGACGCGUCGAAACGGCCGAAGCUAUGUCGAGCUUGGCAGCCGCUUUAGGAUGUCUACCCAAUGCAUCGAACGCGGAUAUCAUAGCCACAGCCAUUCACAAACUACGCAAGAUGCAAGAAAAUGUAGACCCGUCCGACGAUAUGGCAGUUAUGAAACGACGCAACGCAAAGUUAAUGGCACAGAUCGAUGACGUAGAAGACCGGCUCGAGUCUGGAAAUAGCGCCGAAGCUCAACCAACAAGGCAAAUAAAAACCGGCGGAAUCCAGAAAAAAUCCAAAACCAAUAAGGACAAGAAGAACGCGAAAACUGCUCUGCGUCCGGCCAAUAGGUCUGCACAAAUCGACUUUGCUAUUAUUGGCGAUCACUCCAGCGUCGAGGACGAUCAGGUGCCGAUGACUCAGGCUGCAGCAGAGGAUCAAAUGAAUUCUCUUUCAUUUGAUGCCAUCACGGACUACCCAAUAACUUUGGAAUUCAAGUUGUCGAUUUAAUCUAAACCAAAGAAUUGAAGAGGGCUGGAGGCUUGUGCAUUUGUUUUUUUUUUGUUUUUUAUGAACAUCAUAACACCUGAUAGUGCAAUAAUUCUGAGCAACACUCCUAAUGUCGACCAACUUCAUUAGUUACUUCGUAAAAGUUUGCACUUGGAACAAUUUUUUUUUUUUCUAUUAAAUGUCCUUCAAUAUCCGUUUUGUGUUUGUGUACUUUUCAUGUCAAUGAUUGUGCAAUAAACGGUUUGAAAUAUAA